UACAAAUUCUGAAAUUGUAUGUGUGUCUCCCUCUCCCCCCCAGCUUUAUCAUUGGAAUGUGAUACAAAACACGACCACGUGGAUGCCUCGGAGCGGUCGGGGUAGGCUGUUUGGAGUGUUUAUCCGACUGGAUUUUUAAAAAUGCCCCCCCUUCUAAAACCACAGUUACGCCCCUGAUUUUAAGAACCAAAUGGAAGCAAACAGAGCAAAACGAGGGUUUCUAUUAGACAAAUUAAGCGCUCCAUCUGCCGGACAAUGUACGACGAAAAUGAGGACUUCUCUGACGUUGAAGAAAUUGCUAAUGUCAGGGGUUUCAAUCUGGAGGAGAAACUUGUUAGCGACUCAUACAACACACAUUUCGUUCAGUUGAUGGACGGCAAAGAUUUCACUUAUGAGUAUGUCCAGAGAGAGGCACUUCAGACCCCUCUUAUUUUCAAAGCCAGAGAUGGACUAGGGAUCAGAAUGCCAGACCCGGAGUUCACCGUCAGUGAGAUUAAAGGUUUGGUUGGUAGCCGUCGUGCCGUUGAUGUGAUGGAUGUGAGCACUCAGAAAGGCUCUGAGAUGAGCAUGGCCCAGUUUGUCCGCUACUACGAGACGCCUGAGAAAGAGCGGGACAAACUCUUCAAUGUUAUCAGUCUAGAGUUCAGUCACACCAAACUGGAGAACCUCAUCAAGAGGCCCACUGUGGUGGAUUUAGUGGACUGGGUGGACAACAUGUGGCCCCUAAAACUAAAACGAAGACAAACUGAAGCCACUAAUGUCAUCUCAGAGAUGAAGUACCCCAAAGUACAGAAGUACUGUUUGAUGAGCGUGAAGGGCUGCUAUACUGACUUCCAUAUUGAUUUCGGGGGCACGUCUGUGUGGUAUCACGUUUUCAAGGGAGGGAAGGUGUUCUGGCUGGUGCCUCCGACGCCUCAUAACCUUGCCCUGUAUGAGGACUGGGUUCUGUCAGGCAAGCAGAAUGACAUCUUCCUGGGAGACCGUGCAGAUGGCUGCCAGAGGGUGGAGCUGAAACAGGGCUACACCUUCUUCAUCCCCUCUGGCUGGAUUCAUGCAGUCUACACCCCUGAGGACACGCUGGUGUUCGGCGGCAACAUUCUGCACAGCUUUAACAUUCCCAUGCAACUCUCCAUCUAUGAGAUAGAGAACAGGACUAAGGUUAAUUCCAAGUUCCGCUACCCAUUCUACCAUGAGAUGUGCUGGUAUGUCCUGGAGAGGUACGUGCACUGUCUGACCAAGCGUUCCCAUCUCACUCCGGAGUUCCGUAGAGAGCCUCUGCUAAUCGACUUGGAGACUAAGAUGAGCACAGAGAGCCCCUCCUCUGACUCCCGGAGUCAGGACAUGGACGAGGAGGACUCCUGCGAGACGCAGCAGGGACGAGGUGAACAGGGUGACCGGUCUGCAUUUGAUGAUCCCUGCUCUCCUGAUAACAGGAAGGGUAAUCCCAGCGGCCCUCAGCACCUCAAAGCUGCCUUGUCCAAUGACUCUGAAGACAGCUGCAUCCCCACCUCCACCCAGCCUCCAGAGUUCCCCAAAACCCCCUUUGCCUCGCCAGUCUCAGAGUCUCCGAGUAAAUGGACUCAUCUGACUGAGUUUGAACUAAAGGGCCUCAAGGCCCUUGUGGAGAAACUGGAAGCACUCCCCGAAAAUAAGAAGUGUGUUCCAGAUGGCAUCAAGGACCCCCAGGCCCUGCUGGAUGACAUGAAGGUUGUCUUGAAGGAACAUGAAGACGAUGAUCCCAAAAUGGCUGCUACUGGAGUACCUGUGGUGUUCUGGCCCAAGAAGUCUGCCAAGCAGCAGCGGCCUCCCAACAGACCCAAACCCAAAAUGGCGGCCACAUCUCCCGCGGCGGCGGUCAAGCUGUCGGCCAGCCGGAGCACGUCUGGCGCCCGGAGGAGGAGGACGCGUUGUCGGAAGUGCGAGGCGUGCCUGAGGACAGAGUGUGGAGAGUGCCACUUCUGUAAAGACAUGAAGAAGUUUGGAGGGCCAGGUCGCAUGAAACAGUCCUGCAUCAUGAGGCAGUGUAUAGCGCCUGUCCUGCCCCACACAGCAGUGUGUCUGGUGUGUGGAGAGGCAGGGAAGGAGGACACAGUGGAGGAAGAGGAGGACAAGUUUAACCGCAUGCUCAUGGAGUGCUCCAUCUGCAAUGAGAUAGUCCAUCCUCUCUGCCUCAAGGUGAAAGAUUCCGGUGGAGUUGUAAAUGACGAGUUGCCAAACUGCUGGGAGUGUCCAAAAUGCAACCAUUCAGGGAAGACAGGGAAAGCCGUCAAGCAAAAAAGAGGACCAGGGUUCAAGUACGCGUCCAACCUUCCCGGGUCGCUACUGAAGGACUCACGAUUUAACCGUGACAUCAAGGAAGAGCCCGAGCCUCCCAGUGUGCCAACCUCACCCACUUUGACCAUGGCAACCGUGACCACAGUGAAAAGGAAGGCGGAGCGUGAUGACACCCCCAAAAGGAAAGCAGAGGAAUCUCCUCCUCUGAAGAAACGUUCUCCCAUGCUGUCUCUGGGCGGGCUACCCCGACCCAGGCUUGAGGACAACCCUCUGAGGAAGAAGAGGAUGCUGUUCGACAUCAAAGAUGAGGAUGAGCCUCCUGUUGUCAAGAAAAAGAAGAAGCCCCCAAAACCUGAUGACCUUUUGAUCCCCAAACUGUUAAAGCCCAUCAAGCAAGAGCGAGUGGAUGGGGACGAAGAACACAAAGCCCAUGAAGAUGAAGCGGAGGAUAGAUACACAGGGGACAGGGUUACAACUAAAGGGAAAAGACAAGAAGAGGAUGGAGAUAAGGAGGAGGAGGAGGAGAAAGAUGGUGGUGGAGAGGACUGUAAAGACGGUACAGUAAAGACUAUGCUGAGUCCACUGCUACGGACGUCUGCAGCCAGAGAGAGUGACCAGUCCUGCUCCAGCUCUCCCCGGGCAGGGCCCAGCAGUGAAGGGUGCGAUGCCCCAGAGAAGACACCUGGCCAGCUGAAGGCACGCAAGCGCCGCCGCCUCCCCAACAAAGAGCUGAGCAAGGAGCUGAGCAAAGAGCUCAACCUGGAGAUCCAGAAGACCGAGGACUGCCUGGCCAAUCAGAACCGCAGACCACUGAAGAGGGAGGACAGCCCAGCCAAUAACAGCCGUCGACCCUUGAAAACUGAGGACUCCUCGACCAAUCCGAACCGCAGACCACUAAAAACAGAGGACUCCCCGGGCAAUCAUAACCGCAGGCCAAUUAAGACUGAGGAUGGCCUAUCCAAUCACAACCGCCGCCCAUUGAAGACUGAGGACAGCUUAGUCAAUCCGAACCACAGGCCAAUGAAGACAGAGCCUGAGAGCGACGGGGAGGAGCCUAAGCCGAAGCGGCCACUCAACAACUGCAGCAGUGACCUCGGAGACUGGCUCCACCCCAGGGGGCGGGAGGUGAACGGGACGCCCCGCCAGCUCUCGCCCCUUGGGUGGAACCGCAGCCCUCCGAUCACGGCCAUUUGCCCACGCCCCCCUCCCUGCCGCUCACCGCCCAAGUGUGUCCAGAUGGAGCGUCACGUGAUCCGGCCGCCUCCCAUCAGCCCCCCGCCAGACAGACUGCCCCUGGACGACGGACAGAUCCACGUGAUGCGCAGGGAGGUGUGGCUGGCCGUGUUCGGACACCUCGCACACAGAGACCUUUGUGUCUGCAUGCGCGUCUGCAAGACCUGGAACAGAUGGUGCUGUGAUAAGAGGCUGUGGACGCGGAUCGAUCUGAACCGCUGCAAGUCCAUCACUCCCCUCAUGCUGAGUGGCAUCAUCCGCAGACAGCCUGUGUCGCUGGACCUCAGCUGGACCAACAUCUCCAAGAAGCAGCUCAGCUGGCUCAUCAACAGGCUGCCAGGUCUGCGCAUGCUGCUGCUCUCAGGCUGCUCCUGGGCGGCUGUGUCUGUCCUCUGCACUGCCAGCUGCCCGCUGCUGAGGACCCUGGACGUCCAGUGGGUAGAGGGGCUCAAAGACGCCCAGAUGAGGGACCUGCUCUCACCCCCAACAGACAACAGACCAGGUCAGCUGGACAACAGGAGUAAGCUGCGGAACGUGGUGGACCUGCGUCUGGCCGGGCUGGACAUCACCGACACCUCCCUGCACCUCCUCAUCUGCUACAUGCCCCAGCUGACCAGACUGGACUUGAGCUACUGCAACCACGUCACUGACCAGUCGGUCAACAUCCUGACUGCUGCAGGGAGCACCACCAGAGACUCACUCACUGACAUCAACCUCUCCGUGUGCAACAGAGUCACGGACCAGUCGUUGACAUACUUCAAGCGCUGUGGAAGCAUCUGUCAUAUUGAUUUGCGCUACUGCAAGCAGGUGACCAAGGAGGGCUGUGAGCGGUUCAUUGCUGAGAUGUCAGUGAGUGUACAAUUUGGACUAGUAGAGGAGAAACUACUACAGAAACUCUGCUAGUGGACACACAGCAGGUUGACAGAGACUGCACUGUAUGCACUCGCUAGCUAGGACACUCGCUAGAAUAAGGAACCAGCAAGGGUGGUGUUAUCGCCAUGGAGAAAGUGUUGUAUUUCAUGCAUUUCUGUGCAAAAAAUAACCCACAUAGGACAUUUUAAAAGUGACUGUGGCUCUGAUACUCAUUGAAUGCCUCUUGUGCUGCUGAAUCAGUCAUGUUUUCCAAAACAGGACUUACAACAUCUAAGGCCACCUGGCAUUACUGGAUAUUUGACAAAGCAUGUUUUGUCUUUGAGAUAUUUCAGUUAUUUUUUUAUUUCUGCAAAUGAACAGGCUGUGUAUGUUCACAAUGGUUAUGUUUUACUUAUUUUGUUUAGUAUGUACUGUUGUUGCAGUGCACAGUUUAUGCAUUACACAUACAUAUUUUUGUAUCAGAAAGUGUUUCAUACUUUUAUGUGCAGCAUUGAACGCACUGAUUUACAGUACCAUUUUUUAAAUGGACAAUAUUCAAUCUGCCUCUGUUUGUUUAUUAUUAUUUAGACUCAUCCUCUGUAGAUUUAUGUGAAUAGAACAGUAACUUGUUUUCUGUGCGGCUGUUUUAUAUUUAAUUUAUUUAAGUGCUGAUGUUCAGUUUGAUGUUUAAUUGUCUGUACAGUACACAGGUACUUUCUCCUUUUCAUGUUUUAGUUUUACUGAACUUACAUUUCUAAAUAUCUAGAAAAAUCUAUUUGUACUGUUUGACAAAUAAAUAUUACUGUCCUUUCCAAGGUUUAUCAAGCCAGUAUGAGUUGGCACCAGUGACUGUUUGCAAGAGGAAGCAUCAUAAGGCUGAUUCAAAGAAAACUACUGCAUACCAAGAAUCUGUCAGUCUCCAUAUACUAGGCUGGUGUGACAUUAUCAUGGUCUGCUUUUUUACAAGGGAUUCUCACACAUUUGGAUGCAGGUUUUAAGCAGACACUUGAUUUUGAAUGAAAACAGUAUGUACACUGAGUGUACAAAACAUUAGGAACACCGUCAGGGCAUGGGGUCGGAAGCGUUCCACAGGGAUGCU